AUGAAUUACGACGGCCGACACUGUGGACUGACCCACAUCACAGAUAAUUCCAUUGCACCUUGUGUGUCCAUGCCAAUCCCCGUCAUCGGCCUCCACAACGAGGACAAGGUCUUCGUCAACGGCAGCUGCGUCCUCAACGAGGAGCGCUUCAUGCUGAUUGGCUCCUUCGUGGCCUUCUUCAUCCCCCUGGUCAUAAUGGUGGUGACGUACUGCCUCACCAUACAGGUGCUCCAGAGGCAGGCCACUGUCUUCCUAUACGAGGCGAAGGCUUCCUCCCAGCAGCCUUUGCACACACCAGCGAUGACGAACACAUUGCAGCCCCCGUCCAGCACCUUCCACCUCCCUCAGAUCAACACACUCGCACCGCCGGACUCACAAGAGAGGAAGCCCCCGCCCCCGCCGAGCAGACGAAACACCCUGAGCUGCCUGAAAGGAGCCGAGCCCAGCAUCCUCCUCAGCGCCUCCAAGUCAGACAGCAUAAGCAUCAUCCCCAGCUCCGAGGCGGCGUCCCAGCUCAGCUCGCCAGCCGCGGGGCCGGGGCGGAGCGACACGUCGGGUUGCCACGGGCGACGGGGGAUGAUGCAGGCCAUAAAGAACGAGAGAAGAGCCUCCAAGGUCCUGGGAAUCGUCUUCUUCCUCUUCCUCAUCAUGUGGUGCCCCUUCUUCAUCACCAACGUCACCUUCGUCCUGUGCCGCGGCUCCUGCAACGAGUCGCUGCUUCACGACCUCCUCAACGUCUUCGUGUGGGUGGGGUACAUCUCCUCCGGGGUCAACCCCCUGGUCUACACCCUCUUCAAUAAGACCUACAGGAGAGCGUUCUCCAGCUACAUCAGGUGUCAGUACAAAAUGGGGGCCGCUGCCGGACAGAGUUGCAAAACCCUCCUGGUCCCGCCGCCGUGUCCGUCGCACGCCGUGACCCCGCUGCUCAUGGGCAGUCACGGGAAAGCAGGCGUGGACCGCAACAGUAACUGUCGCAACGGCAGCAGGGGGGACAACGGGAGGCUGGCGGUGGAUCCGGAGGACACGACGGACGACGAGACGCAAAUUGGAAUUGUGUCGCAAAGCCUCUCGGAAUGCUUCAACGUGGGGAUGCUCUCGGAGGCGGAGCCGGAGACGGAGCUGGAACAGGAGCUGUCGCUGAUCAGCUACAAUCCUGCGUCCAGUGACCACACAAGCAGCGUGUGACUGUGCACGUCGUUUCAUUUCAUGUCUUCUUUUUGAACCGGCAGACGCUGGAGCGAGCAGCGUGUCGUCCGUGGCCCCGCAGCCUUCUCGAGGGCCUCCGUCCUGCAGGAGGGACUCUUAUUGUGAAAGUCUGCAACGAGGAGCCUUACCCCCACACAGACGUGCAGCGCUCACAUCAGUGUGAGGAGAACCAAUAGAACCAAACCUGGAACAGUGGGAUUCACACCGCUGUGUCGGAACCAACAUUUCAGACGUGUCGUUUUUUUAUUUGUUGCCAAAAUGUCGGUUCGUACCACAAACAGACGAUUGAGUCACUUCCUGGGGACGAAGGCUGAGAUCCAGAGCGAAGAGACGACUCCCGCUCGAGUCCGGCUGACGCAGGUCACAGAAUCAAGCACCAACCGCUGAGGUCACCGGGGUCAAACUGCGACUUCACGCCUUCACACAGUCUAAAUGCAGUCUGAGCUCCGCGCAGAGCGAACGUAACCAAAUCUAUUUUUGUGCCGGUCGGGCUCGACGCCAGCGGUCGUAACAAAUGUGUCUGAAUGAAAACCUCUCCAGCAUGAAUAAUCUACCCACAGACACAGGAGCUCUUUACUCUGAAGGAGCAAACUUUCUCGAAGCUGCCGCAGAAGAAGCGAGAUGGACGAAUGUAUACAAGGUGGACCCACAGUGCCAUCUGGUGGCGGUGCAGUGACACUGCAGAACAAGGGGCUGAAAGAGCUACGGACGCGGCGCAGACGCUCAGACUCCUGCUUCUCGUUUCAAACCAGGAUCCACAAUUUGUUAAUGUUUUGUUAUUUCAACUAAAGUUUGAAAUCAAGAGAUAAAAAUAUUUUUUGAUCGUAGGGCACAAACGCUCCUUUCAUCCUUUGAAGGAACUAAAUAUAACGAUUGUUUGAUUAUUUUAAUAAUAUCUUGAUUUUGCCAACGUUGGCAAACUUAAAUUAUAAAAUGAGCAAAUAAAGCCAAAGACAAAGAUUCUGCAAAAACCGGGGGAUGCAAUAAUAUCACAACUAUCUUCAACACAGAUCUUUAUUUACACGCACAUUAACAAAGAUAUGGUGGAAAAGUUCAGAGACAGAAAAACAACAACAAUAAAAUAUAAAUCGACGAUUAAACGAGAUGUCAAUAAAUGUGAUGCAGUGAUGUCACAUGUUAAAAUAGAACAGAUCACAUGUUCAAAUCUCGGCUGUUUGGGAUUCAAGGCAUCUGUGAAGGAAACAAACGUCCCUCUCCUUUAAUUUACUGUUAAAAAUCAAGGUCAGACUUUAGAUAAAUCUUUUUCCUCAGCUGCAGGAUUUUCUCUCACCAGAGGUGUUUGUGUAUAUUCAUCGAUGAGCUUUGCUCCUGGAGAAUCUCAGAGACCCUGAGCCCGGUGGUCAGAACGUCCCCAGAGACGACCACUCACCUUUAGAUCUCAUCUGUCCCCUCAGACCGACAGGAAGUCGAUACGCUAAGAGACGUCUGACUCCAUCAAGGACGUUUUAUCUACACGUCUCCGUCAGCUGAACACC